UUUAUAGCAGCUAUGUGAAGCAUUUUACUAACUGAGUCAUUUCCAUGAGUUUGUAUUUGCGAGUGUGUUAACCGCAAGAAGUUUACAACCCCCUGAGGAAUCAGAGCAAGACUAAAAGGAAAUACUGUGCAGCCUUUACAAAGACCUAGCAAUGGAGCAGUCUCAGAGGCGGAGACACAUAGUCAUGCUCUGUCUUGGCAUUUGGCUUCCAUCAUGUCUUUCCCAGACAACCCAGGCUGUACGCUCUAGCCCCACCCCAGCAGCCCAGUCACCUCAAAGUCUAAGAUUUCGUCUGGCCGGUCAUCCACGGAAGCACAACGAGGGUCGAAUUGAGGUCUUCUAUAAGGGCGAGUGGGGAACUAUCUGUGAUGAUGACUUCUCAUUGGCCAAUGCACAAGUUCUUUGUCGUCAGCUUGGAUUUGUUUCUGCAAUAGGCUGGGCACACAGUGCCAAAUAUGGCAAGGGCAUAGGCAAGAUCUGGCUAGAUAAUGUGCAGUGCAGUGGAAGUGAGAGGAGUAUAUCAGUGUGUAAAUCGCGUGGAUGGGGUAACAGUGACUGCACCCAUGAUGAAGAUGCUGGGGUGAUCUGUACAGAUGAGAGGCUACCAGGAUUCACUGACUCCAACAUAAUAGAGGUGCAGGUGGAUGAGAGGCGGGUGGAGGAGGUGCGUCUGCGAUCAGUAGUACCCAGCAAACGGUUGCCUGUGCUGGAGGGAGUGGUUGAGGUGAGGUAUAAAGAUGGCUGGUCUCAGAUCUGCGAUAAUGGCUGGACACAUAAAAACUCACGGGUAGUCUGUGGCAUGAUGGGAUUCCCCCAUGAGAGGAAGGUCAACAAGAACUUUUACAAGCUAUAUGCAGAGCGGCAGAAGAACACUUACCUGGUUCACACUGUGGCAUGUUCAGGCACAGAGGUGCACCUGGCUGCCUGUCCACUAGAGUUUAACCAUGCCAAUGCCACUGAUAGCUGCCCUGGCGGCAUGCCUGCUGUUGUCAGCUGUGUGCCUGGACCAGAUUAUGCUCAAAACCGGGCCAUGAAGAAAAAACUCAAGUCUUCGAGCAAAGUGCGUUUAAAGGGUGGAGCAAAGUCAGGAGAGGGUCGUGUGGAGAUUCUAAAGGGCAAUGAAUGGGGCACCGUGUGUGAUGAUCGCUGGAACCUGCAGUCAGCCAGCGUGGUGUGCAGGGAGCUGGGCUAUGGCUCUGCCAAAGAGGCCCUCACUGGAGCCCGCAUGGGACAAGGCACUGGGCCGAUCUACAUGAAUGAGGUUCAGUGCUCAGGUCAUGAGCGCUCUCUCUGGAACUGUCGCUAUAAGAACAUCACUGCAGAGGACUGUAAGCACACAGAGGACGCUGCAGUCCGCUGUAACGUGCCAUACAUGGGCUUUGAUGAAACGGUGCGUAUCACAGGUGGUCGCACACGCUAUGAGGGUCGUGUGGAAGUGUUGCGUUCAGCUUCUAAUGGAACACAGUAUUGGGGGCUGAUCUGUGGAGAAGGUUGGGGCACCAAAGAGGCCAUGGUGGUGUGCAAACAGCUGGGCCUCGGAUACUCCAACCACGGCAUGAAAGAAACGUGGUACUGGGACGGCAGUAAUGUGACUGAGAUGGUGAUGAGUGGAGUUAAGUGUACGGGAGAUGAACUCGCCCUCAGCCAGUGCCAGCAUCAUAGAACUGUGAGCUGCCAGAAAUCAGCCGCACGAUUCUCUGCAGGGGUUAUCUGUUCAGAGACUGCAUCAGAUCUGGUGAUGAAUGCAUCUUUGGUGCAGCAGACAGGGUAUAUAGAGGACCGACCGCUGCACAUGCUGUACUGUGCUGCAGAGGAGGACUGUUUAUCUAAGAGUGCUGCCAAAGCUAACUGGCCCUACGGCCACAGACGCCUACUCCGCUUCUCCUCACAGAUCCACAACGUUGGUCGUGCUGACUUUAGACCUAAAGCCGGACGCCACUCCUGGGUUUGGCACGCAUGCCAUGGGCAUUAUCACAGUAUGGAUAUCUUCACCCAUUAUGACUUACUAACUAGCAAUGGCACCAAGGUGGCAGAGGGGCACAAAGCUAGCUUCUGUCUGGAAGAUAGUGACUGUCAGGAAGGUGUUUCUAAGCGAUAUGAAUGUGCUAAUUUUGGAGAGCAAGGCAUCACAGUGGGAUGCUGGGAUCUGUACCGGCAUGAUAUUGACUGCCAGUGGAUUGACAUUACUGAUGUCAAACCAGGAAAUUAUAUCUUACAUAUUUUAAUCAAUCCUAAUUUCGAAGUUUCUGAGAGCGACUACACAAACAAUGGCAUGAAAUGUAACUGCAAAUACGAUGGCCACAGGAUAUGGCUUCACAACUGUCAUACUGGUGAUGCAUUCAGCGAGGAGGCUGAGAGGAGGUUUGAGAAAUACCCAGGACAAAUCAACAAUGAAAUCUCAUAAACCCUAUCAGAUCUGUCUCAUUUUACAUGUUAAUCCACAUAGGUUUAUAUACAAAGUAUAGCCCAGAUUACACUUCUGUCAUUUUACAUCUUAAAUGCAGCUAUUAUAGACUGUUUGUACCUCAUUUCCACAACAUAGGAAUCCGUAAUGUUUAAAUGAUUGCAGUAAAGCAUAGGCUUUAGUCUUUAGGCUACAAAAAUGAUCUGAAUCUAAUGGAUGGUUAGGAUAUUAUGUUGACAGCCAAUUGUUUUAAAAUCUACGAAAUUAGAUAUUUUAAUGAUUACAGUUGCAUUAUACUUGAAUAUAUGUAGCUUUAUCAAACGGGGAUAAUUUAGCUAAAACAGAAUGAAUGUAUGUUUUCCAUUCUUAAAGGAAUAUUAUCAACGAACAGAAUCAGUUUAAGCACCACCCAUGUUUUUGCAGCUCUUGCAAAAUGAAUUCAAGUGACCAAACCAACACAGUGCUAAAUAAAUAGUUUUUCAAAUUCUAAAGUAAAUGUUGACACCUUAGGCAGUAUGGUGAUGCAUUUGGUAAAUUAUGCUAGCCCACUGGUGCUGUGAUCCAGGGUUUGAAAUCCCUGUUGGUGCUAUCGGCCGUUGAGCUGUUUACAUACAUGAUUGGCUACGCCUGUAGCCAGUCUGUGGUGUGUUACUUCACUGUGUCCAGUGAUUCCGGAGAAAAGUGGUGUAAGUGAUGUAAAGUACAUUACUGUUGGACUCUGUAGCAUUACAAUCAGUGUGAAUUAAAUGAGAGCAAUACGUUUUACAUUUUAUCAACUGUUAGUCUAAUAAAUAAAUCUGGGUUUGGUGAAUGCCAACCCUGCACA